GUCCCUUUGAAACUUCCGGUUUUACGUUAAGUAUUCGUAGUUGUACAUAAAACCCUUAGUACUCUUACCUUAUCUUUCAUAGAACGUCGUCGUCAGAAUGGGGUCUUCUAAAAAACACAAGGAAAAGGAUCGUUCUAAAGACCACAAACGCAAGAAGCGCCACAGAUCACGCUCUAGGUCACGCUCUUCUAAGGAAAGAAAAAGAAGGCAUCGUGAUUCAGAUGAUGAACGAACACACCGAGAACGAGACCGCGAUAGGGAUUAUCAAUCAAAUGUUGAUAGCACAAAUGAGCAUCGUCCAUCGCAAGACACGCAGACUAAGACAGAAUCGGAAUCUGCCAGUUUUGAGAAAGAGCAGCUAUCAUUAAGCAUUGAAGAAACAAACAAACUUCGUGCAAAGCUUGGCCUGAAGCCUCUUGAGGUGGGUGGUGCCAAAGAUGGCAGUUCCAAAUCAGGUGAAAACCAGGAUGUACACGUACCAGCCAUCAACAUUGGGGAAAAGAAACGAACAGAGAAACUUCGUGAGAAGAUGGAUACCACAAAAGCAAAGAGGGAAAUAUCAAAUAAGCUAAGGGUCAUCAAAGGACUUGGAGAAAGUGACUCUGAGGAUGAAAGUGCAUCAGCCUGGGUCCAGAAAAGCCGUCAAGUUCAAAAGGAAAAGGAGAUGGCUGAAAAACGAGCCAAACUGCUUGAGGAGAUGGAUGAAGAGUUUGGUGUAGGCAGUCUAGUAGAGCAGGUUUUUCAGGGACCUAAGCAGAAGAAUUACUCCUCACGUGAUCUGAGUGGGCUGAAGGUGGAGCACGGCAUGGAGAAGUUUCGGGAAGGAUCUAAUAUUGUCCUUACACUAAAAGAUAAAGGUGUGCUGGAUGAAGACAAAGAAGAUGUUCUUAUCAACGUCAAUAUCAUUGAUGAUGAAAAGGCAGAAAAGAAUGUUGAGAAUAAAAAGAAGAAGCCAGAUUAUAAACCUUAUGAUGAGCCCCAGUUUGAUGAAUAUGGAAUGCUGAAAUCCAAAGAAGUUCUUGACAAAUAUGAUGAAGAAAUUUUUGGACAAAAAAGAGAAUCAUUUGUUCUAGGCUCAGGGGGAAAAUAUGAUGCAGAGCAUGAACGCAACAUGGAGAAGAUUCGUCAGCAGCUUAGGCAGCAAGGACAAACACUUGAUGGUCCUGGUCUCACAAUAGCCAGUGAAUAUCUGACCCCAGAAGAAAUGAAUACCAAGUUUAAAAAGGUGAAGAAGAAAGUGCGAAAAAUUCGCAAGAAAGAGCUUCUAAAGGCUGAUGACCUCGUUCCUUUGUCUGAUCAGACAGCAGAACCCAGUGACUAUGGAUCCAGAGUCAGAGGUCGUGGAUUGGCCAUCACCAAGAUGGAGGAAGAAGAAGAAGGCGGAGGAGGAGACAAGCUGCCUCCUGUGGAUGAUGCCUGCUUCUACACUGGCAUUACUGUCAAGGAAGAACCACAGGAACCUGUGCCCGUCAAAAUGCCACUGAAAGCAGCAGCAGAUGAUGAUGACCUUGUUGGCCCUGAUGAAGACUUGAGCUCAGUCACAGUCGAAGAGGAGGUAGUUCAGCAAGAGUUGCAAACAAUGCUGCAUAAAACUCGCCGACUUAUGCAACGCAAUGAAAAGAAGAUUGAAGCACAGAAGGUGAUAGAGAAUCUCAUUAAGAAGGAGGACAUAAGCCUUUCAGAUGAGAUCAGUUUACCUGCCCCUGCCAAUACCAGCCAGGCACAGGGCAGCAAUAAAAUUGUUCUCAACUCCACGUCGGAGUUUUGUCGGAGUCUUGGAGAAAUUCCAACCUACGGUUUGGCCGGCAACCGUGAAGAAGAGAGAGAGGAGAUCAUGGAUCUAGAGCUGGAACUAAUGGAGCAGCGACGACAGGAAUUGGAGCAGGAGGAGCAGGCUAGUGGCUGGAAUGAAGUUGACAUCGAUACAAAUCCUGUGAACAUCACGGGCGAGGAAAAAUCAGUUCUGGAAGAGGAGCCCAUUGUGACAGAGAGUGUAGGAGCAGCUCUUAAGCUUGCUAUGAAAAAAGGUUAUCUUGAAAAUGAACCUGUCAAGAAGCCCAGCAGUGCCCCCAAGCACAGUUACAUCCAAGCACAGAACUACAGCAUUGAGGACAAGAGAUACGAUGACCUAGAUGAAAAGUAUCGUAAGCGUGACCGCUACAGUGGAGGCAUGGUGACUGAUUUCAAGGACAAGGAUAGCUACAAGCCAGAAAUCCGCCUUGAGUAUGUUGAUGAUUCUGGGAGAGUGCUAAACCCCAAGGAAGCGUUCAGGCAGUUGUCCCAUCGAUUCCAUGGCAAAGGCUCUGGCAAGAAGAAGACAGAAAAAAGGCAAAAGAAAGUUGAAGAAGAGCAGCUGAUGAAGCAGAUGAGCUCUACAGACACACCGCUGAACACACUCAGCCUUCUGCAGGAUAAGCAGAGGUCGGAGAAAUCUCCCUUUGUCAUCCUCAGCGGGAACAAAACUUUCUCCUCUUUAUCCCAAACCCUCAGCAAGCCGCGCUGACCACCGCUGAGCACAGCACACGGUCUCUUGGGCAUCCAGCGAUGACCACCUCCCACCCGGUGUACCUCCUAGAUCUCGUGUCUGCAUGCGUGGUCGGAACCAUGGUAGCCAUCACGGCAGGAAGAAGAAUUAUGGGCAUAGGUGGUUCACAGACUCAAACGACUGUGGUGGUGAUGAUGCUGGUGUGAAUACGUGACAAUAUAGAUGUAUGGCAAAUUACGCCCCCUAUUCCUUUUCAUCUGAGUUUUUAUCAACGACUGAUCCUGUCGUCACCCUAUAGAGUAGAAUCUGCAUAUGGAUUAUGCAUAUCGUACGUGAAAGUGCAAACGCCUGUGUUUGUACUUAUGUGAAGAAGUAUAAGAUUUCUAAAAUCAUAAACAA